CCGUAUGCCAAGGCUCUGAGACGGCCCAACCUGUGUCAGCCUUCCGAUUUAUCCAUGGCUACGUCGCCGGAGAUGCUGCGGAGGAGGCUGUGGACGGUGGCGACGGCGGCGGUAUUGUCACUGCUGCUGGGCGCCAGCCGGGUCGCCGCAAACACGGAGGGUGAUGCUCUGUACAGUCUGCGUCAAAGCCUUAAAGAUGCUAACAGUGUGCUGCAGAGUUGGGAUCCCACUCUGGUUAAUCCGUGCACAUGGUUCCAUGUUACUUGUAAUCCUGAUAACAGUGUCAUCAGAGUUGAUCUUGGAAACGCACAACUAUCUGGUGCAUUGGUGUCCCAACUUGGGCAGCUGAAGAAUCUUCAAUAUUUGGAGCUGUAUAGCAACAACAUAAGUGGGACAAUACCUCCCGAACUUGGGAACUUGACAAACCUGGUCAGUUUGGAUCUGUACCUGAACAACUUCAGUGGCGUUAUUCCAGACACCUUGGGGCAACUCUUGAAGUUGCGGUUCCUGCGCCUUAACAACAACAGUCUUUCUAGUCGAAUUCCACAAUCCUUGGCCAACAUUUCCACCCUCCAAGUUCUGGAUCUCUCAAACAAUAAUCUCUCUGGAGAGGUUCCAUCAACUGGUUCAUUUCAACAAUUUACUCCUAUCAGUUUUGGUAAUAAUCCAAAUCUUUGUGGUCCUGGUACUUUAAAACCGUGUCCUGGGGCUCCUCCUUUUUCUCCACCGCCUCCAUUCAACCCUCCAACACCACCUGCGUCACGAGGUGGUGACUCCAAAACCGGGGCAAUUGCUGGAGGUGUUGCUGCAGGCGCUGCAUUGGUAUUUGCGGUUCCUGCAAUUGGAUUUGCAUUGUGGCGGCGCCGUAAACCUGAAGAGCAUUUCUUUGAUGUCCCUGCUGAGGAGGAUCCAGAAGUGCACCUUGGCCAGCUUAAGAGGUUCUCACUCAGGGAGCUUCAAGUUGCCAGCGAUAACUUCAGCAAUAAGAACAUUCUAGGAAGAGGUGGCUUUGGGAAGGUGUACAAGGGGCGACUGACAGAUGGUACAUUGGUAGCAGUAAAAAGACUAAAAGAAGAACGUACUCCUGGUGGUGAACUCCAAUUCCAAACGGAAGUUGAAAUGAUUAGCAUGGCAGUGCAUAGAAACCUGCUUCGACUCCGUGGUUUCUGCAUGACACCUACAGAGCGGCUGCUAGUCUAUCCAUACAUGGCUAAUGGCAGUGUUGCAUCACGUUUGCGAGAGCGCCAGCCAAACGAGCCGCCUCUCGAGUGGGAAAAGAGAAAGGGGAUUGCGCUGGGAUCAGCCAGAGGACUCUCCUAUUUGCAUGACCACUGUGAUCCCAAGAUCAUCCACCGCGAUGUCAAAGCCGCAAACAUUCUCUUGGAUGAAGACUUCGAGGCAGUCGUGGGUGACUUUGGGCUGGCCAAGCUUAUGGAUUACAAGGACACUCAUGUAACUACAGCUGUGCGGGGAACAAUCGGGCACAUUGCCCCCGAGUAUCUGUCCACCGGAAAGUCCUCCGAGAAGACGGAUGUCUUCGGUUACGGGAUUAUGCUUCUGGAGCUCAUUACCGGACAGAGGGCAUUUGACCUUGCUCGUCUCGCAAAUGACGAUGAUGUCAUGCUGCUUGACUGGGUGAAAGGGCUGUUGAAAGAGAAGAAAAUCGAUCUGCUGGUGGACCCGGACCUGCAAGGCGUGUACACGGAGCAGGAGGUGGAGGAGCUGAUCCAGGUGGCGCUGCUGUGCACGCAGGGGUCCCCGAUGGAGCGGCCGAAGAUGUCUGAGGUGGUGAGGAUGCUGGAGGGCGACGGGCUGGCGGAGCGGUGGGAGGAGUGGCAGAAGGUGGAGGUGGUCCGGCAGGAGGCGGAGCUGGCACCGCGGCACAACGACUGGAUCGUCGACUCGACCUACAACCUCCGGGCGGUGGAGCUGUCAGGCCCGAGGUAACGGGAAAGAAAUAGACAAGCUUUGGCGCCCUGGCAGCGGGAAAUUCUCUAUUUUCUGUAUAUGGCUAACACAUUCUGCUAGUGUUAAAUUUGAAGAUGGAAAAAUGGGUUAUAUAUAUCCUGGCACCUCCUUUGGGUCAGUAGUUGUACUAGGUAGUUGCAUUUCGAUGUUAGUAAGGUAUAUAUAGCGGGGGCAAAGUUGAAACACAUUGUUUGUGGCGGCUCUUGAUUACGCUGAGUGAGCCUAUGCCUAGCAUAUAUUGUACGUUCACUCGGUUGAGAUAUUGCUAGAUAUGCCAGGCAAUAUUUUCUUCGGA